UCACUUCACGUUUCCCCCAACCUGUCUUUCACCGCGAAAUCCGUCCACACCACAACACAAUGAACCACGACCGCGACCGCGAUUCCCGCCACUCGGGUCCUCGCGACCGAGACUCCCGUCAACACAAUCCUCGCCGCGAUCGCGACUACAACAACCGCGACCGCGAUCCCCGAGACCACAGAGACAACCGCGACAGAGGUGACAGAAACGAUAGAAGCGACAGAACCGACAGAGGCGAGAGAAACGACAGAGGCGAUAGAAGCGACCGAGGCGACCGAGGCGACAGAGGCAGACCCACCGACCACUCCAACCGCCGCGAAAAACCCAAAGCCCUGAGCCGCAGCCGGAGUCCGGAUGCGCGCAACGGCAACGGCAACGGCAAUCGCGACUACCGCAACCGCGACCGCGGGCCUUAUCCCACGCGUGGGCGCGGCAGCGGUCGCGGAGGCAGACGAGGUGGGACUCGCUCACCUCCACCCCGGAAGGAGAAGGAGAAAGAAAAGGAGAAGGAAAAAGAAAAGACGCCACCACCUCCUGCGGCAGUAAUGGACGUAGACGCGGACCCAGAUGAUGAGGAGGCACAAAUGGCGGCGAUGAUGGGGUUCAAGGGGUUUGGGACUACGAAGCAGAAGAAGGUCCAGGGGAAUAAUGUGGGCGCUAUUGCGAAAAACAAGACCGCUGAGUAUAGACAGUACAUGAAUCGCCCUGGUGGGUUUAAUAGAGCGCUAUCACCGUCGUGAUGGAAUACGGGCGAUGUCUUGGCAUACUUUUACAAAGGCGUUUGCAUGGCGGAAUUUGUCUGGUUUCCACUGUUCAUUUUCCCUGUAGAGAUGAGCUGGGGUGAUAGAGGAGUUCCUUUGAAACAAAGGCAUAACGAGCCAUUCGCUGUGCUCCUUUUGCUUCCGGGAUGUGCCCAGAAUAUAUGUGAUGCGGUGACGGCAUUUUGCAUCAUGUCCGCUCGGAGGAAGCACCUGUGGCCGAACAAAGAAUCGCCGUUCCCUCUCUCUUGCACGGUGAACAAAGAGAUUCUUCCUACCAAAAUACCCAC